AUGACCAUGAACGUGUUAUCGUCACCAUCUCAUUCUAACUGUGGUCAUUGGUACGUUCGUCACGGUAUCUGUCUCACCUGUAAAAAGAAGCCAAGCCAUGCCGAAUCCCUACCAUUCGAUUAUCUUUUCUCCGGUUUACGUCUAAGCCAAGAAGCUGUAUCCUAUACAAAGCGUCUCACAACCCUAAUCUCACUUCACACACACAAGAAGCUUUACUUAGUCCUUGACUUGGACCACACGCUAGUACACAGCGUUAAGGUUUCAAAACUUUCUGAAGCAGAGAAGUACCUAAUAGAAGGUGAGCAACCACAAGGUUUGAAGCUAUAUGAAAGCAGGAUAGUUAAAGUUAGACCUUUUGUCAAAGACUUUCUUAAAGAAGCCAACAAGCUAUUCAACAUGUAUGUUUACACAAAAGGUGAUUUUCUCUAUGGUAAAAAAAUUGUGAAGUUAAUUGAUCCAAACAAAACCUAUUUUGAAGACCGAGUGAUAACCAGAAGAGAGAGUCCUGAUCACAAUAAGACACUUGAUCAUGUAUUGGCUGAUGAGCGUGGAAUCGUGAUUGUGGAUGAUACUGUUGCUGUUUGGCCUCAUCACAUGAGAAACUUGUUGAAUAUCACUAAGUACUUCUACUUCAAAAAGGACGGUAUUAACAAAGUGUCGUACGCAGAGAGGAAGAGAGACGAGAGUAGAAGUAAUGGAGCAUUAGCCAAUCUUCUGAAGUAUCUCAAGGUAAUUCACAGUGAAUUUUUUAGCUGUGAAGUCAAAGAAGAGUUAGAUACAAAGGACGUUAGGUUGUUGAUAAAGGGUCCUUUCAAGCCAUAUGGAUGUUGA